AACAAAACUAUAAUAACUGUUUAGUUCUUUUUCUUCUCUCAAGUCUCCUUCAUAAUUUGCCCAUUUGGCAAUUGACUGAAGUUGCAAAGGAGACGCAGAGGGAUUGCUUCUUCUCCGGGGAAACAGAUUGUGUGCUGAGAAGAAAGCGUUUUGAGGCGUCAUGGUUUCCGAGGAGCAGACGCAGACACAGGCGGAUAAUAAGCCAGUUGAUCCAUAUCCAGAGGAGAAAAUCCAUUCAUUCCUUGAAAUCGUGAACAGUUUGCAAGAGACAGUUAGUAAAUCUCUGGGAGAGGGAGGAACACUGAGGAAGCAUAGGAGUGCUGGUCCUGAGCUCGCUCAGGCUCAUGCCCCAGAGAAGGCUCUGAACAAACUGUUAAGUCUCCAGUAUCCUAAGAAGAAUACGGAGGAACUGCAUAUCUCUAAGCUGCAACGUAAUCUCCGUUUGCUCAGGGAGGAUGUAGUUAAGCUGCAAGAUCUUCGCAGCGAAGUUGCAGAGGAGGUGAAGAAAUAUAUUACGCCGCUUAAAGAGCUGCUUAAUAAAGUUGCAAAAGAGGAGAAGAAGUCUCCCAAACCUCCGUUGACCAAAGGUAUGAAGAAAGACUUGGAGGUUAUCAACAAGAAGAUCUUUAACCUCAUGUGUCAGGUCCCUUUGCUGCCAAACAAACGCAAGAAAACAGGAGGUUUGGAUUCUGAGGAUGUCGAGAUUAACAGUGGCAAAGGUAUUGUUUGCUUGCAAGGCAUCCAUGCAGAUAAAGACUAUCUAAAAGGAGACGCGGUUUACAGAUACGUGCAAGGCGAGUUUGAGAAGCUUGAUGUUAAAAAGAAGAUCUACCUGCUGAGUUUCGCGGUGUUCCCAGAGAAUCAAGAGGUGAACAGAACGAUGCUGAUGUAUUGGUGGAUCGGGGAGGGCCUUCUGGAUUAUAAAGUCCAACCAGGCGAAGAGAAACCAGAAGAUGUCGUCAAGAAGAUUCUCAAGGAGUUCACGGAUAGAAACUUGAUUGAACCUGUUGAAAACAAAGGCAAAGUGGAGCCAAAUAGCUACAAGAUGAGCCCUUUUGUGCAUUCUUCGGUUGUUCUUAUAUCGCAGGAGAUAGGACUUUUUAAAAUGUAUGAAAAAGGGGAAAAGCCAGCCAUGACAAAAUCAGGCUUGUAUAAGGUUUGCCUCGUGGAAGAGUCUUCAAGCCAAAAAGAAGCAAAAGCUAAAAAAAUGCCGGCAGUGGGCAUCGAAACAGUGUUCAAUGUUUCUGAGAGGUUCCCGGAUUUCACAUUCAAGUGGUUCUCGGAGGAUAAAUCAUCAGGGACCAAGAAGAUCAAUCCUCUAUCAAAAACUACGUAUAAGAUGCUCAAGGUUUUCUAUUUGGGUAGAUGGGAGAGAACAGCGAAGCGCCACAUCGAGGUAGAGAAUCCUGAGCUCAUGAAAUACUUGAAGCAUAUGACGAAACUCAAACUUCUGAGUUUUCAAGGGAUCUCAAGAAUUGAAAGACUUGACGAUGCUGUCUGUAAGCUUCAUGAGCUGAUCAUCUUGGACCUCAGAGCCUGCUAUAAUCUGGAGAAACUUCCAGACAAGAUAGAUUCACUCAAGGCGCUGAUCUACUUGGACAUUACAGACUGCUACAUGAUAGAUCGGAUGCCAAAGAGGUUGUCCUGGCUGGACGACUUGGAGGUUCUCAAGGGCUUUGUGGUUAGUGAUGCUGAAGAGGAAACGGUCUGCACUCUAAAGGAGUUGAGUCACUUGAAGAAGCUGAGAAAGCUAACCAUUACAAUAAACAAAGGAGGUUUCACUGUAGAUGAUCUGUUCAUGGCUAUUAUUAAUUUUGAGAGUCUAGAAAAGCUAAAAGUUGCUUGGGGAGGUAUAAAUAAACGUCCAGAGAACAAGGAAAAGGUCAUAGCUGGUGGAAAGAAGCAGGAAAAAAAGGAUGAGGGCGAAGAUGGAGGAAACAAGCAGGAAGGUAAAGACGAGGUAACCGCUCCUGCGGAUACAAAGAAACAGCAAGGGAUGUUGGAAAGAGCGGUGACCAGGAUCUUCGGUGAUAAGAAAGAUUCCGGAAAACCAGGUAUUCCCACUACAUUGAAGAAACUGGACCUGCAGUGUUUUCCUGAUCCAGAUCUUCCCACUUGGCUUAGGCCUAAUCAGCUACAAAAUCUGGAAAAACUCUACAUUAAAGGAGGAACGGAACUUACCGGAUUCGGAGAAUUACCUGCGGGACCAUCAUGCAGAGUUAAGGUAUUACGUCUGAAGUUUCUUCCCAAGCUAAAAGUGGAGUGGAGGGACCUGAGCAAAAAGUACUUUCCAAAUCUGGAAUUCUUGGAGAAGUAUCAGUGCCCUAACGUUAGUUUCUGCCCCUGCGAUGGAAUUGGAAUAUGGCGCAAGCCCUGAAACACAUCAAGUGUAAGCAGCUCAGAACUGCGAGUUUAUCUCUUUUCUCAAGUUUUCUUUCCUUUUGGUUUGUUGUUGUUGUUGUUGUUGUGUGUUGCUUUCUAAGAUGUUUUGCUGAUUUGGCUUUCAAGUGUUGUUGUUGUUGUGUGAACAUUUGAAUAAAGGAGUUUGGAGUGUUUGAUUUGCUUAUUCUGUGACUGUUAUAUAUGUGUUCUAAUAA